ACAACAACCUUACAAGGACGUUUUUUGUGUCCUGCUUCAAAGACGACGGAUAUCUGCCGUUCUUAUUGAUACUGCACGGUCGAAGCCAGCCGUCUUUCGAGGUCUUUCGAAUACACCCAAUAUCCUCGCUAAGCGCCAGCAUGCACAUGGUGACAGAACUUUGAUCCCGUUAUCAUCCGUGUAUCACUGAUUUACUACGUACGGUCUCCGAGGUGUAUUACAUAGCAAGAAUCGCCUUUAAGAACGGGCUUUGCUAAUGUCUCCCCAAAGCUCAGCCUCCCUCUCGAACGAUGGGUGAUGCCGCCACAACCAAGGCUUAUGAAGAGAUAGUGGGGCUGCUCAAUCAUCAGCAGGUAAUCGCAUUUACGAAUGUCCUCAGCGCUAUGCUCGUCUUAUACGAGAUUAUCAUCACUCUCCACAUCGAGAUCGAUCAUAUUUGGACGAAGAAAUGGUCAUUUUUCACUUGUUUAUACAUCCUCCAACGCUAUCUCCCGCUGUUCGACACUGCGGGGUUGCUCGUUCAUAACCAGUUUACAACAAAUAUGAGCGUUCGUUAUUGCACCUCGACCUUUAACGUCGCCACAUGGUCUUUCAUUAUUGGCUCCAUGUUGUCGGAAAUAGUUCUAACUAUCCGUCUCUGGGCGGUCUGGGAGAGGAGUUUCUGGGUGGGCAUAGGACUUGUUGGAUUCUUCUUUGCCUGUUGGGUGCCUUGCUGUGUUUUCAUGGCGUCGUUCUUGGGUGCCGUGAAAUUCGGUACUCCUCCAAUUCCUGAUUUUUGGGGAUGCUUUAUCGUUGGUGGAAGUGAAAUCAUAUAUAUGUGUUGGGUGUUGAUAAUGGUGUAUGACACCGGUACAUUAGUGAUGAUUCUUAUUCCUGGUGUCGCUGCAUAUCGGCGGGGUGGAAGAUCGCAGCUCUCUAAAACUAUAUAUCAAGACGGCGUUAUGUAUUACGCGUUAUUAAGCUGUGAGCUCUUUCCUCUUGGACAGUUUUAUUAUUUUUUACUGAACUCCCAAUCCCCCUCCAGUCUGUGCGAUGAUUAACGUGAUCAUCGUCUUCACUCUUCCAGUACGCACCGCACACGGCCCAUGCAAUACCUGCCUGAUUACAACUACUUUUUUCUCUCCCCGCUAGCACGACCUUCGCCUUCUUUUGGCCUCAUUCGAGCGUGUGUUGCAUUCCAUUCUGGCCAGUCGUGCAAUCCUCCACAUUCGACAAGUUGCCUCCGAACGUUCUAUUUACCGAACGAUGUCAGAGAUCGAGUUCUCGCGAAACGGGCAGGAGAACGAGCAUGGAACUCUGCCUUCCUUACAAAGCUCCGACGGGAGUUUAGCGGUGGGAUAGGGAAAAGUUUUUGUAUAUAAUGGUAUAAUGAGGUGUAAUAGGUAGUGUGUUAAUUCAUGGGUAUUGAGAAGG